UGUCAGUAACCAAGUUGUCUACAGUCGGAGUCAUGCUGAUUAUAUUCUGCAUGGUGUUGAUAGCUUCCGCCUCGUGCUUCGAGUAUAGAAUAGUCGGUGGUACAUCUACAACCAUUACUGAGCAUCCGUAUCAGGUCUCUAUUCAUUAUAAGGAUAAACUUGCAUGUGGAGGUUCCAUAAUUAGCAAACAAUGGAUUUUAACAGCGGCACAUUGUGUCUAUGGCGAGAAGACGCUAUCGGUCUUCAAAGUGCGCAUUGGAAGUACGUAUCACAACAAAGGAGGUCUAAUCAAAGAUAUUGCCUCGAUCAUUUGUCAUGAGAAGUAUCAUCCGCUAACUUACGAUUACGACGUGGCUUUAAUUAAAUUGUCUACUCUUUUAACAUUCAAACAAAAUAUAAAACCUAUCCUUCUUGCGCUUCCAUCGAUGAGCAUUAAAACUGAUACCAAGGUAAUCGUUACAGGCUGGGGAAAAACAUCGGUAAAUGGUACGACUUCAGAAGUACUACGAACUGCGAAUAUAUCUGUCACUGAUCAAGAGAAGUGUCGAAAGGUCUAUGCUCGUAAUCGGCUAGUGACUUCCAACAUGAUCUGCGCCGGUGAUGACAAAGGUGAAAAAGACACCUGUCAGGGAGAUUCCGGAGGUGCACUCGUUGGCUACGGGCUCCAAAUUGGGAUCGUGUCCUGGGGCGCUCAGGAGUGUGCGAGUGUUGGAUUUCCAGGAGUGUAUACGCGAGUACCUGCCAUACGGCAGUGGGUAACCGAGCAGGCGAACGUGUAGCAGAAUUAAUUUUUUCCCUCUCUCUGAAUGUUUUCCAAGAUAGGAAAGAGAUGCAGCGUACCGUUCAAAAAAUAUUUACUUCUGUUUAACCGUAUCAAAACUAGACGGCAUUACGAAAAAAUACUACCUAAAAAUUUUACAAUAAAGGGACAGCUAAAUAUAGAAAAGAUUUUACAAUAAUAAUAAUUCUA